CGUGAAGUGUAUUAAAUUUGCCCGAUUCCCGAGGAAGUUUGAAUAGCAUCUCCACCUAGACGUGCUUUUAUUGUGAGCUGGCGCCACUGCUACUUAAGCUUUUACGUCAACCUGGUAUGCAAGAAUAGCUAAUCACUUUUAUGUUGCGCUGUUAAUUUUCACGCUUUUUUCAAUCCGUCUUUACACAGUACUUCAUAACAGUUAUCAGAAUUCGAUAGCUCGGCGAAGUCGCGUCGCCAGGAAAAAAUGUAACUAAUAAUUUCACCUGCGGUUACGGCUGAGAAUUUAUGUACGCUCCGUCCACUCCGCUAACUAUCUAAAUAUUAUUCCAGUCAACGUUUAAGAGCUAUGCCAAGUGGUGUACGGUGAAUGUAAACUUGCCCGUGUUUAACACCUCUUUCUGUCAGUCACGGGCCGGGGGCGGACACUGCCUCAAAUAAAUCAUACUUGGCGUAAACAAUUUGACUUUCGCGUUCCCACAACCAUUUCACCCGAAAAUGGAAGUAGAGGGGUUAAGGGUGACACAGGGGUGCGUUCUCCGUGAAUAUUAGCGGUGCUUUUGUUUUGAAGUUAGUUAUGCAUUAUUUAACUCACGGCGACAUCGGUAUUGGCUGGCGCAUCCCUGAUGUUGACAUUUCGUCACAUUCAAACAAUACAAUCAAGAGCUGUUAGGCAGUCGACACCUCGACUGGAGAAUGAGCUGCCAACUCCACGCCUAAGCCAUCCUCUUAUUGGCUGUCAGCUGACGAGAGCCCAGGAUUGGCCAAUCACAGCACAGUUCCUGUUAAGCCACACUUCACUAGCUGAGUAAUAACAUAGUGCGAGUGAUGGAGCAGUAAUAACAUUGAAUUCGCUCAGCAGGCUCGGAAACUACACACUCGGCUCCAUGAUCGUUGAUACAAGAACAUCGGCCAUGGCUUUUAACCCAUUCUUACUUCACCGACACACGGAUUACAGCAUGAACUCUAUCCUGUCUCAGCCGCACUGGCCGUCAAUGUUACACGCCGGCCACCAUCCUGGCUUAUCGUCCGCGAUACUACCGAAACUUCAACAGUCCAUGUCACGCUCUCCCCUCACUGCCGCCGAGCUCCUGGCCCAGCAGCAGCAGCAUCUCCGCCCCCUUCGUACACUUGAGCCCCCUGAGGCCGACGUACAGGAUGACCCCAAAGUGGAACUAGAGGGCAGGGACCUGUGGGAUCAGUUUCAUAAUAUUGGAACAGAAAUGGUGAUCACAAAAUCUGGGAGGCGCAUGUUUCCAGCGUACAAAGUCAAAGUGUCAGGCUUGGACAAAAGAGCCAAGUAUAUCCUAUUGAUGGACAUAGUCGCCGUAGACGACUGUCGCUACAAGUUCCACAACAGCCGCUGGAUGGUGGCGGGGAAAGCGGACCCGGAGAUGCCUAAAAGAAUGUACAUUCAUCCCGAUUCCCCAGCCACCGGGGAACAAUGGAUGCAGAAAAUCGUAUCUUUUCACAAGUUGAAGCUGACCAACAACAUUUCCGACAAACAUGGAUUUGUAAGUAGAUUCUUUACAAUUCUCAACUCCAUGCACAAAUACCAGCCUCGUUUUCACCUGGUGCGCGCCAACGACAUUCUGAAGCUUCCGUAUAGUGCAUUCAGAACAUACGUGUUCAAAGAAACGGCAUUCAUUGCAGUGACAGCAUACCAAAACGAGAAGAUCACCCAGCUCAAGAUUGAUCACAACCCAUUCGCCAAGGGAUUCCGUGACACCGGGGGAGGCAAGCGGGAGAAAAAGCGCCUGAUGGCCCAGCAGAGUUUGGCAGCGCACCCUCCCAACAAGAUGGACCCUGACGACAGUCUCCAUAGUGACGAUGAGGAUAACGAAGAAAUCUGUGUCGUGGAGGAGGACGAGGAAGAAGCCACAAGAAUCGCGGAUCAGCUGAGAGAGAGUUCAGGGCACUCGCCAGUCGCGGCAGACGAGAUGAGAAUGCCCGAAGUAGAUGAAUCAAUUAAAGAGCCGGUGCACCGUGACUCUCCCCCCAGACACCCUACCACUAUUUCCGAUAACAACUCACAAACGGAGAAAAUCUCCGAAAAAUCUCCAGAAAUAGCUAAUAGAGAGAACACUUCACCGAAUACUGUAGGUUCGACAGAUUUAAGGAAAGAAAUCGAAAAGGAACGUCGGUCUUCUUCUCCAAGCAGGCGACACCAUGACACUUCAGAAAAGGCACUCCAUGAUGACUCGUCGUCUCAUCCAGAGCACAAUCAUAAACCAGUCAAAGAAGCCAGUCCUCCCAAUGUCACUGUGAUUCAACCCUCAGCUAGUCACCCCAUGUUCUCGUACCUGUAUCCUCCGGGGCUCUACCCCAACAUGACACAUCACAUGCCCUUCCACAUGGGCCAUUUACUGAACGGGGCCACGGCUCCCCAUGGACUUUCCCUCAUGCCUUCGUCUUCUGUCCCCGGGGACUUGGCAGGACACUUACCUCACGACGCCGCUCAAGCCGGGCUGUCCCAUUUGACUUCAAAUUUGGUGCUAAGUGGCCAGUUUACCAUGGCAGGCCACCCUAUGUUACAGCAGUAUGGGCUGUCGGACUCUCAUCCCGCCUCUGGUGCUUAUUUACACAGCCACUUGGGCUCCUUGUUCUCCUCGCGAGCGGGGCACAGGUUCACCCCGUAUACGUUGCCCGUCACCAAGACUACAAUGUCCACGACGUCGUCUCCUCUAACAGCAGCAGGGCUUCUUUGCGGAGACGCGUUUCCACACACAGGCGGCAGACAAUCGAACUCUUCGCCGCGAUCCGCUAGCCCCGUGUCCCCGAGAAGGCACCCCUCGACGGGGAAUACACCUGCCAAUGAACUGAAAAGUAUUGAGCGUAUGGUGAACGGAUUAAAUAGGAGGCCAGAGGCCAUGCAUAUUGAGAAAUGAAAUGUAAAUGUCUAGGAAAAAAGAUUGUCUCAAAGGUAGCGGGACACUACUUGAGUGUUCUGUGACAUUCAAAAUGUGCAAUGACUGAAUGACUGUCAUCUUUGCGGCCGUCUGAUAUUACUUUGCUGCUAUUUUACCGUUGUCCUCAGAAAAGCACAGUUGCAAUACGAUCCGUUAUCAUUGAUAUGUUAAGUGAUUAUACGCACGCUGCUAGUGCACUCUUCCGCACGCAGGAAACGCUUUCUCGGCACCAGCCUUACACUGCCGGAGACAUUUAUGACAGAAAUGCCUCAGAUUUCUGUCAGGUUUGUUUUCUUAAUUCAUUAAUGCUCACAAAAGCUUUUUUCGUUAGAAUGAGAGGUAAUAAUCAGGUCGCCAAAUCAGUAAAUUUACUUUUUAUUCGUGUUUAUUUCGUCAGGGUAAUUUCCUUGCUUCAUUCUAGCUGAAGCGCAUUGAGCGGUGGCAAUUUGCUGUAGUGCGGAAGUUCGGGGCGCUAUGAAUUACAGCCAUCGAUUUUUUAGCUC